AUGUUGGACCCAUUGCCGCCUCCCCCGGGAUGGCUGCGAGACGCUGUCGACCCUUGGGCGAUCUAUUUCAACGUCCCCGCCUUAUCGGACCAUAUCCAUGAGAUCCUGUUCUCUUUUGUUGUGUACCAGUUCAUUCACUUCGUCCUCUCCCCGUGGCUAUCUCCGCUCCUCUUUCCCCGACACUACCCCCAGCUCAACCGGCGGACGAAGCUGAACUGGGAUGUGCACGUUGUGUCGUUGGUGCAGAGCACCUUCAUCAAUGCACUGGCCCUGUGGGCUAUGUUUUCUGAUGAGGAGCGGAAGUCGAUGAAUAUCGGUGAACGCAUUUAUGGAUACACUGGGGUUUGUGGCAUGGUGGGAGCUUUCGCAGCUGGAUACUUUGUCUACGACUUGAUCAUCAGCGCGAUCUAUGUCCGGAUGUUCGGCGUCGGCAUGCUCUUCCAUGCCAUUAGUGCCCUGUGGGUUUUUAGUUUUGGAUACAGACCCUUCGUGAACUUCUACUCGCCUGUAUUCAUUCUCUACGAGCUCUCCAGCCCCUUCCUCAACAUCCACUGGUUCCUGGACAAGGUCAACAUGACCGGAAGCAACCUCCAAUGGUACAAUGGCAUGAUGCUCCUCUUUAUGUUCUUCAGCUGUCGGCUCGUCUGGGGAACCUGGCAAUCUGUUCUCGUCUACCGGGACAUGUGGUACGCCCUCAAACAAACCUGGGAUAGCUCCAGCUCCAGCCCCGGUUUCCCCGUCGACAUCUCCUCGCAGGUCUUCGGUCUGCGCGACCCCACGGCCCACUGCUCCGAGCUCGACGAAGCUUGCCGGAGUGCCGGCACCGAACUCUCCCGUUUCGCUUCUCACACCGCCGGCGGGGUCCCCACCUGGUUGGUGCUGACGUACGUCGUCUCCAACGUGGUCCUCAACUCGCUCAACUACUACUGGUUCUCGAAGAUGAUCGAGACUGUCAUGAAGCGGUUCCGCGGCCCGGCUACUCCAGCUCAGCCGCAUUCGGCAACCAAGGAAGAGAAGGUCGCCCAAUUGAAGGACGAUAUCGCGCAGAAGGCCGUUCUCGACGCGGCUGCCAAGCUGGAGCAGGAGGAAGGAAGCUUAUUCCACGGCGAUGAAAUCGACGAGAAGAUCGCCUCGGCCGUGGAUACCGGAAUUACGGACGAAUUGCGCAGGAGGAAGGCCGACUUGGCUACUUGA